UAUGAUAGUGAACUAACAUUCUUAAUAGCUAGCGCGUAUUAGCGGCCGCUCCGAGUGUCAUCAUCGUAAUUUAAUACGUGUCCAUUGGUGCCUGUCCGUCCGGUGUUUCUGCUACGUAACUUUUUUUCUGUAAAUCUAUGGAGUGUUUUCAUCGUCAAAUAUCUUUGAAUUUCUGUCUGUAUUAACAUAAGGCGCCUAGUGCGCCUUCCCGUCACGGUGAACAUGUGUCGGGCUCGAUUGUUAUUCCACUUUCUGGCGCUUAGCCUACUCCCCUUUGCCCGUCCUGACGAGCACACUCACAUCUACGAAGAUAAUGAUGAGGUUGUACUAUGGAUGAGUACAGUUGGACCAUAUCACAACCGUCAAGAAACUUAUUCAUAUUAUUCAUUACCUUUUUGUAUGGGUACAAAAGAUGUCAUUAAUCAUUAUCAUGAGACCUUUUCUGAGGCACUGCAAGGCAUCGAACUCAAAUUUAGUGGCCUGGAAAUUGAAUUUAAGGCUGAUAUCGCCAAAAUGGACUAUUGUCAAAUAAAAUUAACAGAAGAAAGUGAAAAAGCUUUCAUAUAUGCAGUGAAGAAUCAAUAUUGGUAUAAGAUGUAUAUGGAUGAUCUACCAAUAUGGGGUGUUGUGGGAGAACCAGAAGAAAAUAAUGGAGUUGUAUCUUAUUACAUUUGGACACAUAAGAAGUUUGAUAUAGGAUAUAAUGGAAAGCAAAUAGUUGAUGUAAAUUUGACAAGCGAAAAUAAAGUAAAACUGGUGCAAGAUGCAGCUAUCUCUUUCAGUUAUGAAGUUAACUGGAAGAAGAGUAAUGUUAAAUUUGAAGACAGAUUUGAUAAAUAUCUUGAUCCUAAUUUUUUCCAACACAGAAUUCAUUGGUUCAGUAUUUUUAAUAGUUUUAUGAUGGUAAUAUUUCUUGUUGGGCUUGUUUCAAUGAUUUUAAUGCGUACGUUAAGGAAAGAUUAUGCUAGAUAUAGUAGGGAUGAAGAAAUGGAUGAUAUGGAGCGAGAUUUAGGAGAUGAAUAUGGAUGGAAACAAGUUCAUGGAGAUGUAUUUAGACCAGCUAGUCAUGCAAUGCUUUUUUCAGCUCUAAUAGGUGCAGGCUAUCAAGUUACUGUGGUUGUACUUAGUGUUAUUAUUUUUGCUAUCCUCGGAGAGCCGUAUACAGAAAGAGGAUCGAUGUUAUCAAUAGCAAUAUUUGUGUAUGCUGCAACAUCACCUAUAAAUGGUUAUGCGGGAGGAGGUUUAUAUGCACGUAUGGGAGGACGUAUUUGGAUCAAACAAAUGAUUCUCAGUGCCUUUAUGUUACCUCUUAUUGUCUGUGGCACUGCAUUCUUCAUUAACUUCAUUGCAAUGUAUUAUCACGCUAGCCGUGCUAUACCAUUUGGUUCUAUGGUAGCAGUAACAUGUAUUUGUAUAUUUGUUAUAUUACCAUUGACAUUAGUCGGAACCAUAUUAGGCCGUAACUUAGCUGGGACACCGGACGCACCAUGCAGGGUUAACGCGGUACCUCGACCUAUUCCUGAAAAGAAAUGGUUUAUGGAACCACUCGUUAUCAUAAUGCUUGGUGGUAUCUUGCCCUUUGGAUCGAUAUUCAUUGAAAUGUAUUUUAUUUUUACCUCAUUCUGGGCAUAUAAAAUUUAUUAUGUUUAUGGAUUUAUGUUACUAGUAUUCGUUAUUCUAAUGAUAGUAACUGUUUGUGUUACUAUCGUAUGUACAUACUUCUUGUUAAACGCCGAAGAUUAUCGAUGGCAGUGGACAAGUUUCUUAUCGGCCGCCUCAACCGCUGGUUACGUCUACAUAUAUUCCUUUUAUUACUUCUUCUUUAAAACUAAAAUGUACGGUCUCUUCCAAACAGCCUUUUACUUUGGUUACAUGGCAUUGUUCAGUCUUGCCCUGGGUAUAAUGUGUGGAACAGUUGGUUACGUUGGUACUAAUGCAUUUGUACGAAAGAUCUACUCUACAGUUAAAAUAGACUAAAGCACAAUGCUAGUGUAACGUCUAAGAUGGAUUAAAUUGAGAACAUACAGAGUGAAACCUGCCGGUCUUUAUAAAGUAGGACUCUUUUUGGUAGUUUAAGUUAUUUACAUUAUUCGUUAUGACGCGCAAAUAUAACAUGUCGGAGAGACUAUUAAACCGGCAUCAAUAACAUACUAAUGUCAAUGAAGUGUAGCGUAAAUAUUUAAAAAGAAAUAUUUGGUACAUCAUUAUGUUUCUUCAAAAUAUUCAGUGAAUAUUUUAUCAUUUUACGUCUAUUGAUGUAAUAUCAUAAUAAUAUUUUCAUUUAAAAAAAAAAUGAUUAAUUUAUUUGUUGUAAUUUAGUUGUGAAGAUGGGUCCUAUAGUACAGUACAUUACACAUCUGUGAAACAAAUAGUUCGCCAAUUAUUCAAACAGUCAUAUAUAAUAUUCAUCUCAUGAGUCACAAUUCGGUAUUACACAAAAUGCAAGAUCCGAUAAUUAUGUAAUAUUUGAGAAUUACUUUUGUACUCUUAAAACAGAUAACUUUAUAACGUUGCUCAAUUUUUUAUUUGUUUGUUGGAUUUACUAGAAACUUGUUGAUUAUUCUUUUUUCGGGGGGUUUAUAGAAAGAAAGUUGUAUAAAUUUGAAAAAUGUUUAAGAAAUCUCAUUGCCUCUUUCAGAAUAUAUAUCAACAAAUACAAAUAUCUGAAUUCUUGAUCAAAAAUAUUAACAUUCCAAAACACCAACGAAUGCUAAUAAUUAUGAUUGCGAAAAUGGAAUAAGUCGAAACUGAAAUAAAUGAAAGAAAGAAGACAUAUGUUAUUAGGUAUAAAUUGUACAGUAUAAAUUUUCGAUACGAUCUAUCCAGAAUGCAAGGGAUAUACUUUAGUUAGCAUAAUUAGAAACAGUACCCCAGUUGUGUGACUCUGAAUUGAGAUUUUAGUUAUAUACAAUAACACUUGAUUACCAAUAAUUCGAGUAACGUUAAUUUAUAGGUAAGCUAGACAGUAGGAUUAAAGAAAGAAUGUGGAUAAUACGAAAUUUUUUUACUGUUGGUUAUGUAUCACAUGUUUUCUUUGAUAUGAAUAGUCUUUAUUUUAAAUGAAUGGUUUCUGAAAUGUGAAUGCAUUGAUAAAAUGUAAAGUAUUGUGAGUCUAUAACCGGUUUUUUACUUGUGAUCCUCUUCACGCGGUUAAAUAUCUAGGAACACGUUUAAGCGUUGCUGAGAAAAAAAAUAAAUUGUGAGCAUUGUGGAAUUUAGGAAUGGCAGUGAAUGUGUUUAUCCUAAUGCGAUGCAUCGAGCGACAAAUAUCAAUGAGAAUAUUUGAAUGAACAUACAGUUUGUUAUUAAACGUAGCAGUUCUAAGAAAUAUAAAAUUUCUACGUACAACAAAAA